AUGUCGACUGCUCAGGCUACCAAAAAUUGUAUCACCCUCAAAGGAUCAGCUCAAAUUAUUGCCGAAUAUUUGAAAUAUGGCAUUAAUUCAAUACUGUUUCAAAGAGGAAUAUAUCCAGCUGAAACAUUUGAAAGUACGCAGCAAUACGGCCUUACAAUACUCAUGUCCAAGGAUCCCAAAAUUGAGGAAUUUCUAAAGAAAGUAUUGGAACAGACAGAAGAAUGGCUUUCGAAAAAUAUGAUACAUAAAGUGUCAAUGGUCAUUACCAAUGCCCACACAAAAGAAGUUCUGGAAUGUUGGGACUUCAAAAUGAACGCCGAGCUAGGUGAUGGCGAAACAAUCGAUCCCCAAAAACUGACCUCAUCCAAAGAGCUAAAACGCAUACAAAAUGAAAUCCGAGAUGUUAUGCGUCAGAUAUCGGCAACAGUUACCUAUUUACCGCUGUUGGAUUGUAUUUGUACAUUUGAUGUCAUGAUUCAUACUAUCCAAACUUGUGAUAUACCCGAUAGUUGGGAUGAAACGGGACCGGCAUUUAUACAAAAUGCCCAGGCUGUGCAGCUACGUUCAUUUUCGACUGGUUUACAUAAAGUCGAUACGGUUGUUAAUUAUAAAAUGUCUUCGUAGU